ACUAAAGCAUGAUCUGAGGGUGUUUUAUGCCUAAUAAAUUUUGUGCCUCAUUUACAAGUAAACAUUCUCACAAUAGAUGGAAAAACAUGGACAAAAAAUUGAAAUACGUUAAUAAUGAGAAGAGGGACUUACAUUUCCAAUCGUCACCAAAGCCCAUGUCUGUUAAGUUCUAUCACAUCAGAUGAUGAAAUUCAGAGACUUUAUCUUCUGUAAUCCUUUAUGAUAUUUAGACAAAGUUUAAAAUAAAUAUUGAUAUCAUAUAACAUAACUGUGAAGUAAAGAUGGUGUCUGUUGGUUUUGCUUUUGGCAUUAAUAGUAAUGAAGGUCAUAGUAACCGCCAGUAGAGUGUUGACUCUGUUAGAUCAUUUUCUUGGUUGCUUUACAUAAAUCUAGUAAUUGUGUCUUCAGUAGUACUGUGGCUACUUCUGUUCCCAUGUUUUUGUCUGGUCUGGUCUGUUCUGUUCUGUUCUGUUCUGUUCUGUUCUGUUCUGUUCUGUUCUGUUCUGUUCUGUUCUGUUCUGUUCUAAGACAUGGUCUCACUAUGUAGCACUGGCUGCCCUGGAACUUACUAUGUAGGCCAAGAUGGCCUAGAACUCAUAGACAGUCACUUACCUCUGCCUUCUGAGUGUUGGAAUUAAAGGUUUACACUCUUGAUGUACCAGACGCGUUCUAUUACUGUUACAGUCCAGACCCUAGCAAUGCCGGCAGAAAAGAAGCAGUCAUGGAAGCAAUGGCUGAGCAGAUUGUGACCGUGUGUGCCACUCUGGAUGAGAACCCUGGAGUGAGGUAUAAGAGUAAACCUCUAGAUAAUGCCAGUAAGCUUGCACAGCUGGUUGAAAAGAAGCUUGAAGACUACUACAAAAUUGAUGAGAACGGCCUAAUAAAGGGUAAAACUCAGUCCCAGCUCUUAAUAAUUGACCGUGGCUUUGACCCUGUGUCCACUGUCCUGCAUGAACUGACCUUUCAGGCAAUGGCAUAUGAUCUACUACCAAUUGAGAAAGAUACAUACAAAUAUAAAACAGAUGGGAAAGAGAAGGAGGCAGUUCUUGAAGAAGAUGAUGACCUGUGGGUGCGGGUUCGGCACCGGCACAUCGCGGUUGUUUUGGAGGAAAUUCCAAAGCUUAUGAAGGAAAUUUCAUCAACAAAGAAAGCUACAGAGGGGAAGACGUCACUCAGCGCGCUUACCCAGCUGAUGAAAAAGAUGCCGCACUUCCGGAAACAGAUCUCGAAGCAAGUCGUCCAUCUUAACCUAGCUGAAGACUGCAUGAAUAAGUUUAAGCUGAAUAUUGAGAAGCUCUGCAAAACUGAGCAGGACCUGGCACUUGGAACAGAUGCGGAAGGCCAGCGGGUAAAGGACUCCAUGCUGGUGCUCCUCCCAGUGCUGCUCAACAAAAACCACGACAACUGCGACAAAAUACGGGCAGUCUUGCUCUACAUCUUCGGUGUUAAUGGAACCACUGAAGAAAACCUGGACAGACUGAUCCACAAUGUAAAGAUAGAAGAUGACAGUGAUAUGAUUCGGAACUGGAGUCACCUCGGUGUUCCCAUUGUUCCCCCAUCCCAACAAGCCAAACCACCAAGAAAAGAUCGGUCUGCCGAAGAGACUUUUCAGCUUUCUCGAUGGACACCUUUUAUCAAAGAUAUCAUGGAGGAUGCCAUUGAUAAUAGAUUGGAUUCCAAAGAAUGGCCAUACUGUUCCCGGUGCCCAGCGGUGUGGAAUGGCUCUGGAGCUGUAAGUGCUCGCCAGAAACCCAGAACCAACUAUUUAGAGCUGGACCGGAAAAAUGGCUCGAGGCUGAUUAUUUUUGUAAUUGGAGGAAUUACAUACUCUGAGAUGCGUUGUGCUUAUGAAGUUUCUCAGGCACAUAAAUCCUGUGAAGUUAUUAUUGGUUCCACACAUAUUUUAACACCCAGAAAGCUGCUGGAUGACAUAAAAAUGCUGAAUAAAUCCAAGGAUAAAGUUUCCUUUCUUAAGGAUGAGUAGCUUUUUUAUUGUGGUUUAGAGGUUUUGUUAACAUGCACAGCUAAAGCAGAUGCUGCUGCGGUCACUGAAGCGGUGUAAAUAGUGUGUGGAGGAACACGGUCUUCAGGUGGACACCUUGAGGACGCUUAUGUUACUGGAUUUGCCAUUUCUAAUAAUUUAAGUACUGUUGCUGCUUUGGUCAAGACAUGAUGUUAACGGGCCUUGUAAUCAGGCAGUUUUCACCUUGGAGCAGAACCUGUUCUGAGGUGUGGGUGUUUUCACAGCCAGCUGUAUAUGUGCCCACUAAUUACUCACUGGAUACUUAUGCUGAAAUUAGUGCGGGCAAAAACGACUUUGAAUGAAGAGAUCAUAAACGUAAAAACUGUAAAUGUAUGUAUGAUAGAGUUAUUAUAAUGCAGUUUCUUAAGACUGAAAUUCAUAAUUUUUAUGUAUAAAAUAAUUUGUUAUUAAUAUGAUGACUUCACUGUGUAUAUUACCUGCAAGAUAAUUCUAAAGAACACAGUUUUAUAUGUUUGAGAUCAUGUCUGCUUAACUUAGAAACCAAAAAUAAUCAUGAACAUUCUAAGAGAAAAUAAAUAUAUUGUCAAAUUUU